AUGGAAAUUCCACUAACUGCAGAAACUUUGUUAGAAUUUACCACAGAGCCUUAUCCCGAGACUUCCGAGAUUUAUUUAUUUUCUUCUACCAGAAUAUUUACACUUCCUUCAUUGCGGACCGCAUCAGAAGUUAUAACAUUAUUCACUACAACUGAAAUAGCUACGCCAAUGGAGACAUUUGUACUUACAACACCAUCUGAAGAGACAUUGCCAGUAACUGAACUUGUUAGUAUGUUCGAAACUUAUCAUGAAUUAGAAUAUGAAGAGGAAUAUAAAGAAGAAGAAGAAAAAGAAGAAGAGAAGGAAACUGCAAAGCCGGAAUGGUACGAGUACGAAGAGACCACGAAGUUACUAAUUAUAACAUCAUCUUCUCUGUCGUGGUAUAAAAUCACAACUGCACCAAUUACAACAAUUACAACAGUAUUUACGACAGCAAGUACAACUGAAACAACUAUGAUAACUUCAGAAUUUACCACGAUAUUAAAGGUUACAACUACGAAAUUACCUACAACUAAAAUUACUCCUACUGAAAGUACAGUCAUUACUACGGAAAGUGUGCGGCUCACUACUGAGAGCUCUAUCACCGAGAAUACUACUACUGCGGUUGAAACCACUACCAGGAUACUUUUACCAGUUACUACGAAGAGUACAGCUACAGAAAUUUUACCAAUUACAACUAAAGGUAUUGCUACAGAAAUAGUUCCAACAGCGACUGAAAUAGAGACAACGCCUGUCGUUGUAACAACUGUAAUAACCGUUCCUCCAUCAACUGUUACUACAAUUACAUUGCCUACUACUCACGUAACAAAUAUUACCACGGAAACACAAUAUAUCACAACUGAAACUAUAACAGUUGAAAUUCCUGUAACAGCAACAACUGUACCAACCGUAACAAAGAUAAUAACGGAAACCAUCCCGUCUAUUACGAUACAAUUUACGUUUCCUACGAUUGAAGUCACCAAAAUUACUACGAAAACACCAUUCAUCUCUACCGAAACACCAUCGAUAACAAUAACAGAAAUGACUCCAAUUAUUAUAACUACAAAGACAACUGAAACAACAUUUCUUGUUCAAGUUGAAAUUACUUCGCCUACAGUCCGAGUCACAAAUGUUACCACAGAGUUCGUGCCCACUACCACAGAAACACCUGUGGCGACAACAACAGAAACGACUCCAAUUUCUAUUACUACAAAGACAACUGAAACAACACUUGUUGUUGAAGUUGAAAUCACGUCGCCUACAGUCGAAGUCACAAAUGUCACCACAGAGUCCGUGCCCACUACCACUGAAACACCCGUGGUGAUAACAACUGAAACGACUCGAAUCCCUAUUACUACCGAGACAACUGAAACAACAUUUACUGCUGAAGUUGAAAUUUCCUCGCCUACAGUUGAAGACACAAAUGUCACCACAGAAGCACUGCCCACCACCACUGAAACACCUGUGGUGACAACAACUGAAACGACCCCAAUUUCUAUUACUACCGAGACAAUUGAAACAACAUUUGCCCUUGAAGUUGAAAUCACGUCGCCUACAAUCCGAGUCACAAAUGUUACCACAGAGUCCGUGCCCACUACCACUGAAACACCGGUGCCGACAACAACUGAAACGACUGCAACUUCUAUUGCUACCGAGACAACAGAAACAACAUUUACUGCUGAAGUUGAAAUUUCCUCGCCUACAGUUGAAAUCACAAAUGUCACCACAGAAGCCCUGCCCACCACCACUGAAACACCUGUGGUGACAACAACUGAAACGACCCCAAUUUCUAUUACUACCGAGACAAUUGAAACAACAUUUGCCCUUGAAGUUGAAAUCACGUCGCCUACAAUCCGAGUCACAAAUGUUACCACAGAGUCCACAACUGAAACAACAUUUGCCGUUGAAGUUGAAAUUACCUCGCCUUCGGUCGAAGUCACAAAUGUAACCACAGAGACGCUGCCCACUACCACUGAAACAAUUCCAAUUCUCGUUACUACAGAGACAACUGAAACAACAUUUGCCCCUGAAGUUGAAAUUACGACGCCUACAAUCAAAGUCACAAAUGUCACCACAGCGACCCUGCCCACUACCACUGAAACAAUUCCAAUUCCUGUCACUACAGAGACAACUGAAACAACAUUUGCCGUUGAAGUUGAAAUUACAUCGCCUACAAUCGAAGUCACAAAUGUCACCACAGCGACCCUGCCCACUACCACUGAAACAAUUCCAAUUCCUGUCACUACAGAGACAACUGAAACAACAUUUGCCGUUGAAGUUGAAAUUACAUCGCCUACAAUCGAAGUCACAAAUGUCACCACAGCGACCCUGCCCACUACCACUGAAACAAUUCCAAUUCCUGUCACUACAGAGACAACUGAAACAACAUUUGCCGUUGAAGUUGAAAUUACAUCGCCUACAAUCGAAGUCACAAAUGUCACCACAGCGACCCUGCCCACUACCACUGAAACAAUUCCAAUUCCUGUCACUACAGAGACAACUGAAACAACAUUUGCCGUUGAAGUUGAAAUUACAUCGCCUACAAUCGAAGUCACAAAUGUCACCACAGCGACCCUGCCCACUACCACUGAAACAAUUCCAAUUCCUGUCACUACAGAGACAACUGAAACAACAUUUGCCGUUGAAGUUGAAAUUACAUCGCCUACAAUCGAAGUCACAAAUGUCACCACAGCGACCCUGCCCACUACCACUGAAACAAUUCCAAUUCCUGUCACUACAGAGACAACUGAAACAACAUUUGCCGUUGAAGUUGAAAUUACAUCGCCUACAAUCGAAGUCACAAAUGUCACCACAGCAUCCCUGCCCACUACGACUGAAACAAUUCCAAUUCCU